CUUGAAACUAUUCAUAAAAAAAAUUUUAUGCAUCGAGACUUCCAUAGUGGAAACAUUUUAUUUGAUCCAAAGAUUCGUAGAAGUGAAGGUUGGAGAAUUGGAGAUCUAGGAUUAUCACAAGCUGUAAAUAGUAAAUCAUCAAAUAAUGAAGUAUAUGGAGUAAUUCCUUACAUUGCACCAGAAAUAUUUAAAGGAUCCGAAUUUUCUAAAGAAGCUGAUAUUUAUAGUUUUGGUAUGAUUAUGUGGGAACUUACAACGGGCCGUAAACCUUUUGAUAAUAUUGAACAUGAUCAUAGUCUUAUUUAUAAAAUUCUUGAUGGAGAACGACCUAAUAUUACAGAAGAUACACCAGAAUGUUAUGCUAAUUUAAUGAAAAGUUGUUGGGAUCCUGAUCCCAAAAAAAGACCUUCUAUAAAAGAUAUU